AGAGUGUUCUUUGACAAGAAAACAGAUUUUCCUCGUUCAAUAUUUAUGUUAAGACAUUAUGGACGGUUGACAUGGGUUUGAUCUAGCACUGGUGUAAUAAUAAGUGUUGAGUUCCCAUUUCCUUCUUUUUUUCUGUAACCGUCACUGUAAACCUGAAUAUGUCGACAUGGAAAGAGAAACUAAGGAGAGUUGUAACAGUGGAGCCGGUGAUUUUUGUCUACAUGACCAGCACUUUCAUCGUGACACCUGCAUAUCAACAGAUGAUAAUCACAAAGGUUUGUCGUGAAUUACUCAAGAAUGACACAAUCUGCAGUGAUCCAGGGCACCACAAAGGGGACGAGGAGGUCCAGGCGAAAGCAUCCUACAUCCUGAUUCUCUUCAGCGCCACACUCAGUUUGGUCUCCAUUCCUCCAGCUAUACUGCUGGGCGCCUGGUCUGACCGUGCUGGCCGCCGGUUGGUCAUGGCAUUGCCUUCAUUGCUAUCCUUGCUGAGUGGGGGCUUGUUACUGGCUAUAGACCUGAUGGAAAACAUAAAUAUUUACUGGAUCCUGAUGGCUGCCGCCCUCACAGGCCUGACCGGUGGCCAUGUUUCCAUAUUCCUCAGCUCCUUCAGCUAUCUGGCUGACUUAACAAUGGGUUCCAGCUCCAUUCGAACAUUACGUAUGGCAGUGGCUGAAUCAAUGAUCUUCGUUGGGGGGAUGGUAGGCUUCCUACUAGGUGGAUUCCUGGAGCAAGAGUUUGGGCUCAAGGCAGCAUUCGGGGCCUACAUUGGCUGCCAUGUCCUGGUACUGACUUAUAUUGCGCUAUGGCUGAGAGACCCUAUGUCAGUGAAAAUUAAAUGUACUGCUCCCUCUAAAGAGGAUACAGUUGAGCAAGAUGCUCAAGAAGACCACUCUCGGAUGUUUAUCGUGAAGUAUGCCAAGAUGUCUUUCAAAGCAGUAUUCAAGAGGAGGCCAGGACAGGAGAGACUGAAAUUGCACUUUCUCAUUCUCUGCACCUUCAUAAAUAACCUGGUGGCUGUUGGGGAUCAGUCCAUCCUGCUGCUGUAUUUGAAGUAUGAGCCCAGAGAGUUUACAACCGCCCUGUUUGGGGUAUUUAACUCUGCAAGGAUGCUGUUUUUUGGUUUUGGUCUGCUGGGUCUAUUUCCUGUGCUGAUGAGAUGUAUGAAGGAGAUGACUCUUGCAAAACUCAGUGCUGUGUUCAGAGGCGCCUCUUACGUCCUACUCGCCUUCUCAAACAACACAUGGAUGGUCUUCCUCGUUGCUGUAGUUGGUGCUCCAUCUGGUAUCAGCCAAGCAGUGAUUCGUUCUUUGUCUUCUGCCAUCGUGGGACCAGAUGAACAAGGUGCCAUGUUCUCUUUCUCUGCAUCAGUGGAAGCGACCUGCAUCCUCAUUGCUUCCAGCAUCUUUAACGGCCUGUACCCCCUUACCCUUCCCACCUUCCCUGGCAUGCCCUUCAUCGUCAUGGCUGUCUUUAUGCUCAUCGUGCUCAUUAUCUUGCAGUGGAUUAGUGAGAUGCCAACCACUCAGCCUCGACUUGUGCUUUAGGACUGAGUAUUCUCCUUCUUGGUUAUUCUUCAAGCACAAAGUGGAUCCAUGAUAGAAUAUUGUCUCUUUUUCUGUGCUGAACUGAAGUCAACUAACUGAUCCUGACUCCCAAGAGCUGUAUGUAAAGAAAUCUGUCUCAUAUUGUAUAUGAGGAAAACACCAAUUAAUGGUAAAUAUUUGCCUGUCUUUCACCAGGAAUAACAUUAUAAUCUCACAUUAAAAAUAAAUGAAUGGAAGAAUUCACAGUUGAAGUUACUGUACCACUUGCACAUUUUGAACUGAUUUGAUCUUGUAAUAUAAAUGUGAUGUUUUUAUAAUUAAUAAGUAUUCAUACAUAAAGUGUGGGUCUAGCACAAGGACAUUUUCAAGCACAAGCAUAUUUGACAUUGAAAUGUAAAAUUUCAAAAUACUGCAAGCAUCAAAAUGUAUUUUUUUUUAAUGUAUUAACAACUUUAG